AUGUCAGGCUCCAGUGGUGCCAACAUCCGAGAGGCAGCCAGCAAAAGCCACGCCAGCCGCGCCCAGAGUGGAGGCCUGUCUUGGCCGGGCGCUUGCACCGCUCACCGCUUCCUUCCGGCGCACGCUCCUUGGACCGAAGUACGCCUCAACCAGGCAUACCCCCAGGAGGACAAGCUGGAGGAGCUCGACACCACAGGCACCUCGCAGAGCACCCAGGAGAAGUCCGAGCGAGCGGCAAUGUUCCGCAUGGACAGCAGUGGGUCGGAGGAGGCGGAGGUUGCUCAGCCGGACUACGAGCAUAGUGAGGUGCAUCACCUCACCGCACCACCGCCCCCUGCAGACUUCAGCACGGAGGAUAUUGUGCUCCAUGAAACUCUCGAAGAUUUCUACACCCAGCACAGGCAAACGAACAUGAGCAACAUCAAUGCCAUCGUGACCAAGUAUCGCGGCCACAUGGUUCCACAUCUUUGGGCGCAGCUGUCGUUGAAGUACAACCUGGCUCCCCUCGAAGGUCUGGAGCUGCUCGGCCGCAGUCUCUACCAGAGCGCUCCCUUCGAGUACCGCGAGCAGGAGCGACAGACCGAACUCGAGGACACGCUGGCAGAGGUCCGCAAGACGGUGUUGGCGGAGGGCCUCGCUCCCUCCCGGACGGUGCUGCUUGAGCGCGCCAUGGCACGUGCAGCGAAGGACGGCAAUGAUGGCCUCCUCCGACUGCUUGCCUACCGCGGGCUGCCGGAUGACCAGAGCCUUCGAGCGAAGGUCUGGAAGGCCUUGCUGGGCUACCUGCCCAUGAAGCGGCACGAUGAGUGGAACGCAAUUUAUGGCGAGAAGCGAGCGCUGUACGCCAGCUACCGGAGCGAGCUCCUCGCGGUGAGCUCCAGCCAGGAGGUUUCGCUCAACGUCGCCUCCAAGAGCCCAGGCAGUGAGAUUGACGAUCAAGACCUGCUGCAGGAGAUCAAGAAUGACGUCGAGAGGACUCGUCGUGAUUUCGAGUAUUUCCGGCGCCCUGCUACCAAAGCAGCACUGACUGCCUUGCUCUUCGUCUAUGCCAAGCUGAAUCCGGGCGUUCGCUACGUGCAAGGCAUGAACGAGAUCGCGGCCGUUCUGCUGUACGUAAUGUCUGUUGAAACCGAUGCAGAGACAGACGCCUUCUGGUGUUUCAGCGAGAUGAUGGCUGAGAUCAAAGACGGCUUCAUGCAAGCUCUGGAUCACAGCGGGGAAGGUGUCUACGGCAUGGUCGAGGAGAUCUCGCAGAUGCUCAGGAGCUACGACCCGCAGCUUGCCAGGCACCUUGCGCGCGCGGAGCUGUCACUUUUUGUCUUCGUCCUGCGAUGGUGCACCGUCCUUUUCGCUCAGGAUGCGACGCUGCCCGACGUCCUCCGGCUGUGGGAUUCCUUCAUCGCAGACCCGAACAGAUACGGGUUCGUCGUGCACGUUUGCGUAGCCGUGAUCCUCGGGAAGCGCGACGAGCUCCUGGCAACGGACAAGCAGUUUGAGCUGGCCGAGAUCAUGCAAGCCGGACCGCGCGGGACCGACUUUGAAGCACUGCUCAGAAAGGCCUUUGCGAUUUGCGCUUUCGAGCGCCGUAGCCUUCCGCCACAGUUUCCGCCCAAAAGGAACCAGGUGAUCGAUGACCUGUCGGACUGGGCUCAGCAUGCUGCAGCAGAGGCCGCUGCCGUUGCCAGCGAGGUUGGCGCGGACCUCUCAAAAAACUUCCAGGAGAAGAUCGCUCCUGCUGUCAUGGAGAGGGCCGGUCAGGCCUCAGAGGUCGUGCAGGACAAAGCACACGCCUUACAAAGCUGGAUACAGGAUACGGCCCCUGCACGGCAAGAGGCCUACGAGCAGGCUCAUGUGCAGCUGUCUUCGCUGUGGAAUACAGUCCGGAGUCGAGGACAGCAGUUUGCCUCCGAAGCAGCGACCUCCGAAACUGCGGCCACAGCCGCAGCGAGGCUGAGCUCGGCAGCCGAAUCGGCCUCCGGCCUCUUCGCCCGGGCCUUCGCGGCGACGCAGGAGGCCGGGCCCUCUGCAGCGCCGGGCAGCCAGAGCCAGAAGCCCUGA